GUCCACGGGAGCUACCAUGUCGUCAUCCAUGCUAGACUCCCUACAUGGUAUCGCACAACUACUCCGGACAAAAAAUGACGUGGUGACGCAACAAAAAGGUGCGGCAGCUCUGCAGUCGUUGGUGGUCUCGGUCGUUCGUGAGUCGCCGUCGGACUUGCGGACAAGGUUUAUGAACGAGCUGAGGAACGUCAUCCAUGAUCUGGUCAACUCGGCAUCGGUGGAUGAGAACAAGGGCGGUGUUCUUGCGAUUGCUGUCCUGGUCGACGUCGAUACCCACGACAAUGCCACCAAGAUUGCUCGCUUCGCAAACUACCUCAAGAACGUCCUCCCCUGCUCGGAUCCGUCGGUCAUGGAGAUGGCUGCCAAGACGCUCGGCCGCUUGGCGCAGGUCGGCGGCACGCUCUCGGCAGACAUUGUCGAGUUUGAAGUCUCCCGGGCCUUUGACUGGCUCUCGGGCAACGACCGUAACGAGUCACGUCGCCUCGCCGCCGUCCUCCUCCUCCGCGAGCUCUCCAUCAUGGCCCCGACCCUCUUCUACGUCCACGUCGCUUCGUUCUUUGACCUCUUCUCCAUUCCAGUCUCCGACCCCAAGCUGGCUGUCCGCAAAGUCGCCGUCGAGGCCCUUGCCUCGUGCCUCCGCCUCAUCUCCUCGCGCCAGGCCGCGCUCAAGGCCGACUGGCUCUCGCGCCUCUUUGACGAGGCUAUGCGCGCUCUCACCUCGCCAUCGCCCGACGCCAUCCACGGCGCGCUCCUCACCCUCUCAGUCCUCCUCGACAUGGCGCCCGAGUUUAUGGACUCGGUCCUCGACGACGUUGCCGUCAUUCUCUCCUUCCAGUCGCACAAGAACCGCGACAUCCGCCGCUCACUCCUCAUCAUCAUUCCCAAGAUCGCCGCCUUUCGCUCCGAAGAGUUUAUCGCCGUCCACCUCAAGCAUGCCAUGGCCGACAUGCUGGGAGUCCUCAAGUCGGCCCGCGACGACCGCGACGUCGCCUUUGUGGCCGUUGGCGAAAUUGCCCGCGUAGUCAAGUCCAACAUUGCUCCUUUCCUCGACGCCAUUUUCAAGGCCAUCUCCGACUCGCUCUCCGCCAAAAAGUCGUCCAAGACCUAUUCGCUCGCCUCGCUCGACUGUGUCGCCAUGCUCGCCGAAGCCAUGGGCCCGCCGCUCGCCAAGCGACUCGCCGCCCUCCUCGACACCAUGUUCCUCUCCGGCCUCUCGCAGCGGCUCGUCGACUCGCUCGCACCCAUCGCUGCUCACCUUCCAGAGCUUCUCUCGCCGAUCCAGACCCGCCUCCUCGACAUGCUCUCGCUCGUCCUCAAGGGUGUUCCCUACUCGGCGCCUGGAUCCACCGGCUCGUCGUCGUCGGCCACCGCCGCCACGAGCUCGGCCCCGGCUUCGGGCAUCUCGCCGCUGAGCGCAAACCCGGCACUCGCCGCGACCAUUGCCGCCCAGGGCGGCGCGUCCAAUCCCGAGCUCCUUGCCCUCGCUCUCGAGACGCUAGGUCAAUUCAACUUUGAGGGCCACAUCCUCUCGGAGCUGGUCCGCUUUUGCGUCGUCGACUUUCUUGAGCACUCGGAGCCGCUCAUCCGCCGCCAGGCCGCCCUCACAUGCUGUGCGCUCCUAGUUGAGCCGGACACACCGGCGCCGACCUCGGGCCACGAGUCCAUCGUCGUCGCAGAGGUCCUGGAGAAGCUCAUCGUGGUCGGCAUUGCUGACCCGGACCCGUCCAUCCGCGAGGCUGUCCUCGCCUCACUCGACGACCGCUUCGACUACCACCUCGCUCAGGCCGAAGUCCUCCGAUCGCUCUUUAUUGCGCUCAAAGACGAGGUCUUUGCCAUCCGCGAGCUCGCCAUCAAGCUCGUCGGCCGCCUCACCAUGCGCAAUCCGGCCUACGUCAUGCCUGCCCUCCGCAAGACCCUUAUUCAGCUCCUCACCGAGCUCGAGUACUCGGGUGAGGCGACCAACAAGGAAGAGUCGGCCCAGCUCCUCGCCCAGCUCAUCGCCUCCUCGCACCGCCUCAUCAAGCCGUACGUCUCUUCGGUCAUCCGUGCCCUCCUCCCGAAACUCACCGACAAGUCGGCUGGCAUGCUCGUCGGCACCUACGUCCUCUCUGCUCUCGGCGAGCUUGCUGUUGUGGCUGGCGAGGCCAUGCUGCAGUACACACCGGCUCUGCUGCCGCUCAUCAUCGAGACACUCUACGACCAGUCGUCACUCCUCCGCCGCAAGGUCGCCAUGCGCACCCUUGGCCAGCUCUGCCAAUCCACGGGCUAUGUCGUCGCGCCCUACGUGCGCUUCCCGGCCCUUCUCAACAUUCUUCUCGGCGCCCUCUCGUCCGAGUCGUCCGCCGAGAUCCGGUCCGAGAUCAUGAAGGUCCUCGGCAUCAUCGGCGCCCUCGACCCCUACCGCCACAAGCUCAUCCAGCAGCCAGCCGGUGGCUCGGGCGCACUCGCCGACGUCGCCGAAGCCGGCAGUGAGCCGCUCACCGACGCGGGUGCUGCCGUCCCUGACAACUCGGGUACCCGUGCCACACGCGCUCGUCGCGAGACCGUCGCCCCAACCGGCCCCGACCUCCAGUCGCUCGCCCUCCUCCCGCCGGCCGAUGCCAACGCCUCGCUCGACGAGUACCACGCCCGCGUCGCCAUAACCGCGCUCAUUGCUGUCCUCUCCGACCCGACACUUGCCAAGCACCACAAGCUCGUUGUCUCGACGGUCAUGCAGAUUUUCACCUCGCUCGGCAUGCGCGCCGCGCCGUUUCUCCCUCAAAUCAUGCCGCCAAUGCUCCAGGUCAUGCGCGGGUGCGACCCGUCGCUCCGCGAGGCUCUCUUCCAGCACAUGUCGUCCAUUGUCGUCAUCGUGAAGCACCACAUCCGCGAGUACCUCGACGAGCUCUUUGACCUCAUCCUCGAGUUCUGGGACUCGGGCCUUCUCAUCCAGAUCAUCUCGCUUGUCGAAGAGAUCUCCACCGCCCUCGCGGACGAGUUCAAGGUCUACCUGCCAAAGCUCAUUCCACACCUCCUCCGCAUUCUGCAUGCCGACGUCUCCGAGGCCGGACUUCCGCGCCGCAAGGCGCUCGCUGCCCUCGAGACCUUUGGCACCAACCUAGACGACUACCUCCACCUCGUGGUCCCGGCCGUCGUCCGCAUGACCGAGCAAGUCGAGGCGCCGCUUGUUGUCCGCGUCCAGGCCCUGCAAGCGCUUGGUCGCCUCUGCCGCAAGCUCAACUUUUCCGAGUACGCCUCGCGCAUCAUUCUUCCUCUCGCGCGCAUCCUCGCCUCGGGCUCGCCAGACCUCGUCCGCGAAGUCAUGGAGACCCUCUGUGCGCUUGUUGUCCACCUCGGCUCCGACUUUGCCGUUUUCAUUCCCAUGAUCAACAAGGCGCUCCACGCCCAGGGCCUCGCCCAUCCGCGCUACGAGGCGCUCGUCUCCAAGCUCCUUAAGGGCGACCUCCGCGCCGAGCAGGACGACGACGAGGUCGAAGCCGACGAGGUCGAAGCAGGAUCGGACGAUGCCAUUGCCCGCCUCCCGGUCAACGAGCAGGUCCUGCAAAAGGCUUGGGAGGCAUCGCAGCGGACAACCAAGGAGGACUGGCUCGAGUGGAUCCGCAAGUUUUCGGUCCAGCUCCUCAAGUCGUCGAGCUCGCCCUCGCUCCGCGCCUGCUGGGCUCUUGCACAAGUCUACCCGCCGCUCGCCAAGCACCUCUUCAAUGCCGCCUUCCUCUCGUGCUGGACCGAGCUGUUCGACCAGUACCGCACCGCCCUUACCCGCUCGCUCCAGACCGCGCUCUGCUCCGACACCAUUCCCGCAGAGAUCCUACAGCAGCUGCUCAACCUGGCUGAGUUUAUGGAGCACAACGACCAGGCGCUCUCCAUUCCUAUCGAGACACUUGGCCGGCUCGCUGAAAAGUGCCGCGCUUACGCCAAAGCUCUUCACUACAAAGAAAUCGAGUUCCAGCACGCGCCCGAGGAGACCAUCGAAGCGCUCAUUUCUAUCAACAAUCAGCUCGGCCAGCCCGAGGCCGCCGAGGGCAUCCUCCUCUACGCCCGCAUCAACCACGGCGUCGUCCUCAAGUCGUCUUGGUACGAGAAGCUCCACCGCUGGGAGGAUGCGCUUGCGGCCUACGACGAGGCCGAGGCCGACGUUUCUGACAUUUCGCCCGACAUGUCUGUCCAGGUUGCCAGCGCCACCCUCGACCCGCACCUCGGCCGCAUGCGCUGCCUCUCGGCGCUCGGCGAGUGGGAGUCGCUGGCCGCCCUCGCCUCGUCGGCCUGGGACCGCUUGCCGCCGACGCUCCACGGCGACGUCGCGCCCAUGGCCGCCGCCGCCGCGUGGAACCUCUCGGACUGGUCCGAAAUGGCCACCUACGUCGACGCCAUGGACGCCGCCACCGUCCCGGGUGCCUUUUACCGCGCCGUCCUCGCGCUACACUCGGACGCGUACGCCGAGGCACAGAGCUACGUCGACAAGGCCCGCGAGCUGCUCGACACCGAGCUCACCGCGCUCGUCUCCGAGUCGUACGACCGGGCGUACCCGGUGAUGGUGCAGGUCAUGCAGCUCGCAGAGAUGGAAGAGGUUAUUGCCUACAAGCUCGCCGACGACGAGCAGCAGCGGCUCAUCCGCAAGAUGUGGGCCGCCCGCCUCGACGGCUGCCAGCGCUCGAUCGACAUCUGGCAGCGGGUCCUCGCUGUCCGCUCUAUUGUGCUCCAGCCCAACGAUGACAUGGCGACCUGGCUUAACUUUGCCGAGCUCUGCCGCGAGUCGGGCCGCAUGCGCCUCUCGUACAAGUCGAUCACUGCACUCCUCGACGAGACACCGCCGAUGCUGGGCACUGCGCUUGGUGCGGUGGCGUCUGACCCUGUCGCGCCACGCCCUCUCCCGGAUGUCCUCGCAUCCGCGCCGCCGCCGGUCGUAUUUGCCUACAUCAAGCAUGUGUGGGAGCAGAAGCCCGAGGGCGCCGCGGUAUCGCUGUACGAGCUCUCGCCGUUUGCCUCGGCCGCCUUUGCCUCGUCGUUUGCAUCCGGCACCGUUGCCGGCGACACCGCCGCCGGUUCGGGUGCACUCACGGUCGCCCCGCACAAGAUCCUCGCCCUCCGCUACCUGCAGGACAUGCUGGCGUCAGGCAUGGCCGAGUGCGAGCCGCGGCUCAUGGCGCGCGCCUCGGUCAAGCUCGGCGAGUGGCUCCUGGCGACCCACACCGGGCCGACAUCGGACGGCUCGCUCGAGGCCAUUCUCGCCGCCUUUGAGGCCGGGACCGAGCACGACCCGUCAUGGUACGACGGGUGGCACUCGUGGGCGCGGAUCAACCUCGCGGCGGUCCAGCACCUUGCGGUGGACGACGCCAGCCCGCGCGACGAAGACGCGCUUGACCCGUACCUCGUGGCCUCGCUCCGUGGCUUUUUCCAGUCGCUCGCGCUCGGCUCGGCCGGCUCGAUGCUCCAGGACGCGCUCCGGGUUCUCACUCUUUGGUUCAAGUACGGUCACCGGUCGUCGGUCGAGUCUGCGCUCUUUGAGGGCUUUGGCCUUGUCUCGGUCGACACGUGGCUGUGUGUCAUUCCGCAGCUCAUUGCGCGGAUCCAUGCGUCGAACGAGCGGGUCCGCAAGACCGUCAUCGAGCUCCUCACUCAGGUGGGCAAGGCGCAUCCGCAGGCUCUUGUCUACCCGCUCACGGUGGCGUCCAAGUCACAGUCUGCGGCGCGGCGCAAGUCUGCGCUCCUCAUUGUCAACUCGAUCAAGAACCACUCCCCGAACCUGAUUGAGCAGGCCGAGAUGGUUGCCGACGAACUCAUCCGCGUCGCCAUCCUGUGGUACGAGAUGUGGCACGAGGCGCUGGAGGAGGCCUCACGACUGUUCUUUGGCGACGGUGACGUCGACGGCAUGUUUGCCGCCCUCGACGAGCUCCACCAGUCGCUCGACGCCGGCGCGACGACGCUUCGCGAGGUCUCGUUCCAGCAGGCGUACGGCCGCGACUUGCGCGAGGCGGCCAAGUGGUGCGAGCGAUACAAGGCGUCGCGAAAGGCCAACGAUCUCAACCAGGCGUGGGACCUCUACUACCGGGUCUUCCGGCGCAUCGACAAGCAGCUCGCGGAGAUGAAGUGCCUCGAGAUGAAGUACGUCUCGCCACUCCUCGACUCUGCGCGCGACCUCGAGCUUCCGGUCCCGGGUACGUACGGCGCCAACACGGCGAUGGUCCGCAUUGCGCGGUUCGGCUCUGAGCUGCGGAUCAUUGCCUCGAAGCAGCGGCCGCGCAAGAUCUCGAUCCUCGGCUCGGACGGAGUCCGCUACGAGUACCUGCUCAAAGGCCACGAGGACCUGCGGCAGGACGAGCGGGUCAUGCAGCUGUUUGGUCUGGUCAACACGCUGCUGCAGAACGAUCCCGAGACGGCGCGCAAACACCUGGGCAUCAUCCGAUACGAGAUCAUCCCGCUCUCGCCGUACUCGGGCCUCCUCGGCUGGGUGCCGGACACGGACACACUCCACGCGCUCGUGCAAGAAUACCGCGAGAUGCGCGGCAUUCCGCUCAACCAGGAGCACCGGCACAUGCUGCAGCUCUCGCCGGCGCGGUACGAGACGCUGACGCUGAUGCAAAAGGUGGAGGUCUUCCUCGCGGCGCUCGACGGCUCGUCGGGCGACGACCUGUACAAGAUGCUCUGGCUCAAGUCGCCGUCGUCCGAGGCGUGGCUUGAGCGGCGGACCAACUACACGCGGUCUCUGGCGGUCAUGUCGAUGGUCGGCUACAUCCUCGGCCUCGGCGAUCGUCACCCGUCGAACCUAAUGAUCGAUCGCAGGUCGGGCAAGGUCGUCCACAUCGACUGGGGCGACUGCUUCGAGGUCGCCAUGCUCCGCGACAAGUUCCCGGAAAAGGUGCCGUUCCGGCUGACCCGCAUGCUCCGCAAGGCCAUGGAGGUCUCGAUGAUCGAGGGCAACUACCGGUUUACCUGCGAGUCGGUCAUGCACGUCUUGCGGCUCAACAAGGACGCGCUUAUGUCGGUCCUCGAGGCCUUUGUCCACGACCCGCUCAUUAAUUGGCGGCUGCUCGAGGACAAGACCGUGGCUGACGGCGCGCCCGGUGCCGGUGCCGACGGCGAGCCUGCCGACGGCGUCGGCUCGCCGCCAGUCUUUGCCGAGGGCGUCCCCGGCGCCCGCCGCAAGGUCGUCGACGAGUCGGCACUCGCCGAAGUCUCCACCACCGCCGAGCCCGAGCUCAACGAGAAGGCUGUCCAGAUCAUCAACCGCAUCUCGUCCAAGCUCUCUGGUCGUGACUUUGAUGAGAACGAGACGCUCUCGGUCGAGGCACAGGUCGACAAGCUCAUCCGGCAGGCAACCUCGCUCGAGAACUUGGCAUCUCUCUACCUUGGAUGGUGCGCGUGGUACUGAUUACAUGGAUUACAUACAUCAAAGCAAAAGGAGAGAUGGGCGUGGGCGCUGGGCGUUUGUAGCAGCGGCUACGCGGCGUAGAGGGCUGCAAAGGCGGCAACAA